GCGUCUCGUCAGAACCAUAUCCCAAGUCGCCUGACCCCAAGGUGGCCAGGAGUUCGAUCUCUAGAGGCGCAGAUGACAAGGCAUCUACUCCCAGGAACUCAUGCGUCUACUGUAGAGGAGAAGAUCAUAUCAAGAGGGAUUGCCCGGACCUCAAACGGGCAAUAGAUGAGGAACUUGUCGUGCUUGACGACCGCAAGUACGUCAAGUGGGCAGAUGAUCUGGGAGAUGUAUCGAUGUUCCCUUCGAUGAAGGAGAAUGUCGAAGCAAGGAGAAUAAAGACGAGUAAAGGAAUGAAGUCGGUCAGGAGCCAGAGCAUCAAGCUAACCUUUGAGGGGGAUAUCGCGACCACUCCCAUAAGGGUGGAAGCCACCAAGUCGGCAAGAGGAUCUACAUCGAAGAAGACUGAGACGGAUUACGUGAUGGCGGAAAAGGACGGGCAGCGGGUCGAUGGAGAGGAGGUUAUCCUUUCACCGCGAAAGCGGGGAGUGAAUAAGUUCUUAAUGAAGAGUACGCUGGACGAGAUUGACACGGUCGAGCGACUGAGGCGGGCCCUUCGGCAACCCAUGCAGUGCUCUAUUCUGGAGUACCUGGCGGCAUCGAAGCCGGCUCGUGAUGAAUUACAGAUGAUCACGCGGAAGACUCGCAUACCUCUAUCAGAGGAGGGUCAGGGGGCCCCUAAGGCGGAAGCUUCUACAGUAGCAGUAACGGGGGUGAUUGCCAGAGCGGAUCGCAUGGCGACAGUCCUUCUCGAUGGGAUGGAAGGUGUGCCUCCAGACAAGUUUUAUAUACUUGGUAGCGGGGCCGUGGAGACGAUUAUAAACGAUGGAGCAGUACUUGAUGCUGUGAUCGAUAACGGCAGUGAGGCUGUCAUCAUAGACGAGGACCUGGCAGUACAGGUUGGACUGGGCCUCGAUAGGUCAUACCUAUUCGAGAUAGAGACGGCUGAUGGGACAAAGGAACAGAUCACUAGGGUUUGUCACAAGGCAGCCAUAGAGGUUCAAGGGGUACGAGUGACCCUGCCUGUUUUUGCGGUCAAGAACUGCAGCUCCGACCUGCUCUUGGGUCGAACGUGGCUGAGCCACGUGCAUGCGGUGACGAUAGAGCGACCUGAUGGGAGUCAAACAUUGUCCAUUAGGAAGCCAGACGGGACGCGGGUAAUGAUUGAGACAGUGGAGCCUCGGGACCCGAGGAACAGAGCAGCUCUCGCUGUGGGUGCAAGACCCAGUGAUCAGAUUAAGUCGUUACCUAUCUCCGGCCGCGCGGUGAUUUCGCGAGAAGAGAUAUGGACCACUGCUCACAGAGGAAGAAGGACGGAUCGUGGAGGUGGAAGAUUUAGGGAGUCGGGUAACAAAGGAAAGAGAUGAGGAAUUUGGUGGUGUGGUAUCCGUGUCUUUUUUAAGGGCACGGCCCCCUAUGGGUGGCUACCCAAGCGACACAAGCGAGUAGCUCAAAAAGUUAAGCCAGCGGCGGUGGGCCGCGAGCGAUCGGCACUGGAAGGGGUAUCAGAAGAAGAGAUCGCGAAAGAAAUCAAAGAAAGAAAGAAAAAGGAGCCACAACGCCUACCGGAAGAGAGGAUAGCAGGGAUGGACAUCGGAGACGGAAAUCUGACCCCACAGGAGCGAGGACGUGUGAUAGAAAUUCUGAAGACAUGUGAUAAG